GUCACGUCUCCCGUGCUUCAGCGUCUGCAGGAUGUCUUACGGCAUCUCAUGGCACAAGGGCUCUCAUGGCAGGAUGGCAUCACCCAGUAUGUGAUCUCCCAGGAGAUGGAGCGCAUCCCCCGCCUCCACCUGCCACCCUCGCUGGAGCCAGUGGCCAGGGACAGGUUCCUGCCUGUCCACAGCGAGCCCCAGCGAGCCCCACUAGCCCCAGACCCUGGUCUGCCAGCAGCUCAGCAUUUGGAGCAGCCCCCUCCACUGCUGCUCUCCCCUCUGGUGCAGCGGUACCUGGAGCACGUCCUGCUGCCCUCCCCACCCCAGCUGGGGUACGAGGAGGCUCUGCUCAAUCCCUACUCCUACCACAAGUUCGGCUAUCAGGAUGGUGCUCACCAACAUCCCAGCGGCUCAGCCAGGCAGAGCUCUGACACCUCCUCGCUGCUGGGCCGGGUCCCUGCCCAGACCCUUUUUGGGGCAGGCCCUGUGCCCUCCUAUGGCGGGCAGCCAGGAGUGGAUGGGGGGCAUCUUUUCCAGGACUUGGGUAUGCUUUCCCUGCCUAGAGAGAAAGCUGGCCGCCUGGACCCUGCCAACACCAGGCUUCAGCACAGCUUGCGGCUCCCCAGUGACUACAGAAACAAGGAGGAGAGGGAGCAGCAAGCACCCCUGGCUGCCCAGCCACCCUCUGCACAGACGGAUGCUGCCCUGAAGAGACUGGCUUCUCUCCUGGCCAGCUACGGCCUGGGGCUGCCAGAACUGAGUCCCCAGCAGAUAAGCAGCCUGUCCACACUUCUCCAGCUGCUCCAGAGCUCUGGUGUUGCUGGCCCUCAAGUGCCCACAGCGAAACGGGUGAUGGAGGGGGACAUGCAGCAUGGAGAGGAGCCAGUGCCCCCUUCCUCCACAGUGCCACCCCCCAAAAUCCCAGCCACCAGCUCCCCAACAAAGGGCAAGGCAGCAUCCUCACCAGCUCCCUGGGCUGAGCCACAGCAGGGACACAGUGGGAAUGCAGUCAACCCCGGAAAGCAAGUUGUGGUGGAGAAGAAGAGCUACACAGAGAUGAAGGACGGUGGGGCACAGCAGGGCAUGCGGCCACUGGACGAGUAUGGCUACAUCAUCACAGACCAGAAACCCCUGGGGCUGGCUGCUGGCGUGCGGCUGCUGGAGCUCCUAGCCAAGCACCUCCACCUCUCCACUGCUAGCUUCAUCAACAUCAGCGUUGUGGGUCCUGCACUUACCUUUCGCAUCCGACAGAACCCCCAGAACUUUUCACUGGCAGAUGUGGCCAGCCAGACUGAGCAAGUGAAGGGAGAGCUGGAGCACGAGCUGGGCCUGAAGAUUGUGCAAACAGGAGUGGGAGAGCGAAAUGAGGCUGCUGCCUACUCACGCCCUUCCCGCUUCGGGUACGGCUUCCACUCGGUGCUGCUGACCUUCAUCGCGCUGGCCUGUGUGGCGGUCAUUGCCAUCGCAGUGUCUGCAGCCUUCUGCCUCCGGCGCCACGCCAAGCAGCGCGAGAAGGAGCGCCUGGCUGCCCUGGGGCCAGAGGGUGCUGCCGACACCACCUUCGAGUACCAGGAGCUGUGCCGCCAGCACAUGGCUGCCAAGUCUCUCUUUGGCCGCACUGAGGCACCAGCGGCACCAGCGGAGACUUCGCGGGUCAGCAGUGUCUCGUCCCAGUUCAGCGACGCUCCACAGCCCAGCCCCAGCUCCCACAGCAGCACACCCUCCUGGUGCGAGGAGCCUGUCCAGUCCAAUAUGGACAUCUCCACUGGACACAUGAUCCUGGCCUAUAUGGAAGAUCACCUCCGCAACCGGGACCGGCUGGCCAAGGAGUGGCAGGCACUCUGUGCCUAUCAAGCUGAGCCCAGCAUCUGCUCCAUCGCCCAGAGUGAAGCCAACCUGAAGAAGAACCGCAACCCCGAUUACGUGCCCUAUGAUCACGUGCGGAUCAAGCUGAAAGCCGAGAGCAACCCAUCCCGCAGUGACUUCAUCAAUGCCAGUCCAAUCAUUGAGCAUGACCCACGGAUGCCAGCGUACAUUGCCACACAGGGGCCACUGUCCCACACUAUUGCUGACUUCUGGCAGAUGGUGUGGGAACAUGGCUGCACUGUCAUUGUCAUGCUGAGCCCUCUGGCCGAGGACAGUGUCAAGCAGUGUGACCGCUACUGGCCGGAUGAAGGCUCCUCUCUUUACCACAUUUAUGAGGUGAACCUGGUGUCAGAGCACAUCUGGUGCGAGGAUUUCCUGGUGCGCAGCUUCUACCUGAAAAAUGUGCAGUCGCAGGAGACCCGCACCCUGACGCAGUUCCACUUCCUCAGCUGGCCUGCUGAGGGCAUCCCCACCACCACCCGGCCUCUCCUUGACUUCCGCAGGAAGGUGAACAAGUGUUACCGGGGUCGCUCCUGCCCUAUCAUCGUGCACUGCAGUGACGGUGCAGGCAGGACUGGGACGUACAUCCUUGUCGACAUGGUCCUGAACCGAAUGGCCAAAGGGGUGAAGGAGAUAGACAUAGCUGCUACGCUGGAGCACAUCCGAGAUCAGCGGCCUGGUAUGGUGCGGACCAAGGACCAGUUUGAGUUUGCACUGACAGCUGUGGCUGAGGAAGUGAACGCCAUCCUGAAGGCACUGCCACAGUGAUGGCGAGGAACCCUCCCUCCCCCCUCUUGUCUGCCCCCUGCCCUGCGCUUCGCACUCUCCUCACCGGCCUCUUGGGCUGCUCUCCCCGUAAAAUGGUGUCUGUGCUUCUGGUUCUGUUCCCCCUGCUCCCAGGCGCCCCAUCUCCCCAUGGACACUGACCUCAGGCUCUCUGUGUGCAGGAACCCCAUCACACCCACUGUCACCGCAGCAGGGACAGGGCUCAUGGCCCCUAAGCCCUGUGGAGGGGGACACCAGGUGGUGCUGCCAGGAGCUGGCAGGGGGAGUCCCCAACCUGUCAGUUCUGUGUUAGCCCUCUUCCUGUAUCCAUGUGGGGUGCAGAAGUGGGGCAGAGGUCCUCCACAGUUGGAGGAGCAUGGGGUGCAGGGAGGCCUGGCCCAGCCCCACUCCAGGUCCCCUUUGUGUGCUCCUUGCCUAGACACUCGAGCAGAAGUAAAAUUUCUAGAGAACUAUAAUUUUGUAUCUUGAUGUGAAUAAAGUUCUUGUGUCACGUUCGUGCAGCUGCA